AUGCCGACGCGGUCAUCAUCGUUGAAACCAUACCAACUGAAGACGGAUGUCGUGCGGGCGGCCCAACUGCCAGAAGGCGCGACAACACCGCUGGAUAACCUUCCUACGCCAGGACUGGUGACAUAUCCCCCGGAACCUGCGACAUGGAGGAACAUGCCCAACAAAGGCCAACUCGCGCUAUUGGCAGCGAGUCGAUUCGUCGACUUCUUCCAGAUGGCAGCACUACAAACGUACAUGGUACAUCAGCUCAAGAGCUUCGAUCGCAGCCAGCCAGACUCUGUCAUAUCGCAUCAGGCCGGUAUGUUACAAGGCAGUUUCACAGCGGCGCAAAUCAUCACGAGUAUCCUCUGGGGUCGCGCAGCAGAUCAGCCAGGAGUAGGCAGGAAACUGGUACUCAACAUUGGAAUGAUUGGUACUGCAAUUGGUUGCAUUGGCGUAGGCUUCAGUACCAGCUUCCACCAGGCUGUUGUCUGGAGAGUGCUGAGUGGAGCCAUCAACGGCACUGUGGGAGCGGCUAGAACAAUGGUUGCUGAAUGUACAGACAAGCGAUGGCAUCCUCGUGCCUUCCUACUCCUCCCUGCUGCUUUCAAUGUCGCCAAUGUCUUGGGUCCGAUCCUUAGCGGUCUUCUCGCCGAUCCCUUUAUUUCGUAUCCCCAUUUGUUCGGUCCCAACUCGACCUUCGGUGGUGCAGAAGGCAUCGCCUGGAUGAAGAAUCAUCCUUACGCCGCCCCCAACCUCCUUUGCAGUCUGCUACUCGUAAUCGAAGCCCUACUCUGCACCUUCUUCCUCGACGAAACACUGAAAGGCUUCACCGAAGUCGAUGUCGCCGCCUUCAACCCCGUAACCAUCGCAAAAGGCAUCUGGAGCCGUCUCACUGAAGCAAAGAACAAAGGAUACAAGUUGGUUGGCGAGACUGCCAUGGCAAGGAGAGGUCUCUUGUCUGGACGCGAGGAAGGAAGCAUCGAACUCGAUCGCAUUGCUGAUGCAAACGAGCUUCGCGAAAGACAAGACUCCCAUGCUACUCGCCCUAUGCAACGUUUGCCUUUCCGUCGUGUUUGGACACCGAAUGUUUGCUGGACUCUGCUCUCCAUUGCCAUCUUCGACUUCCACAUGGGCGCUUUCUCAACUCUCUGGAUCCUCUUCCUCUCCACUUCUCGCGAGUUCGUGCCUGGAAACAGCACAGACGGCAAGCCACAAAAGCAAGAACGUGGUGCCUUCAAAUUUGGAGGUGGUCUUGCCUUCCCACCCCCUACAAUCGGUCUCGCCAUGGCCAUCAUCGGCUUUGUAGGCAUCAUCCUACAGUUCGUCCUAUACCCACGCGCCAACGCACGCUUUGGCCUCAUGCGCUGUUUCCGCUCUUCACUCUUCCUCUUUCCCCUAGCAUAUUUCCUGGCACCAUAUAUCGCACUCAUGCCCUCGGAUUCUGCAUCCCCAGCCCCAGCAUCAGGAUUCUGGAUCUGGCUCGGUAUCGGCGGUGUAGUAUUACUCCAAGUUGCCGCCCGCACAUUCGCCCUCCCUGCCUCUAUCUUACUGCUCAACAACAGCUCUCCUCAUCCUUCUGUCCUCGCCACAAUCCAUGGUUUAGGUCAAGCUGAUUCUGCGGCGUUCAGAACCAUCGGACCUAUUCUUUCUGCCUCUUGGUACGGCACUUGGCUUGAACGAGGAGUGGUCGGAAUGGCGUGGUGGUAUGUCGCUGCCAUUUCCGCUCUGGGCACCGCAGCGAGCUUCAAAGUCAGGAAUGGAAAUGGGCAUGAGAUUUUAUUGCCGGGAGAAGAGGAGAGGGCUGAUGAGCAAGGACAGGUUUCUAGAGGUCCUGCUGCUGCUGAAUCGACGAGGAAGUAA